CAGAGCCAGGUCCAGGUCCAGGUCCAGGUCCAGGAACAGAAACUGCCCAGGAGAUGGCGGCAGAUAGGCAGCAAGUGUGUACGUGGAUGCGAUGAUGGCGAUGAUGGGAGCUGCGGGAAGUUACUAUACGACUAUAUGUACAUAUAUACACCAUAGAUUCUAGGAGAUGCGAUGCGGCAAACAGCUCGGCUCAAGUGGCAAGCGUGUUGUACACGACACGCAUUAGCGUGAAUGGAGCAGUCGUCGGUUGUUGUACUUGCCUUUGCCAUUUUUUAAUCGAAUCGAAUGCGUUGAGAUGCAGUUGGGCCUCAAACUGGCCGAAGACAAAUGUGAGGGAAAAUUAAUGGCGAGCUCUGCAGUAAUUUCCAUUAAAGUGGGCACAGCUCCGAAAAUGCACUUGUUGCUGCCGGGCCAGGGCGCCCAGUAAGGCCAAGGAAUACUUCCGUGUUCCUUACCAGACUCACUCGGCGAAAUGGUAAUGGGCCAAUAUGAUGGCCUCCAUGAGCUGCCUAAUGGGCCGCUCUAUGGAGGUUUCUACUGUAGCAUUAUGGGCCCGCCUCGGCUGGAUUUGGAUCUGGUCGAUCCAAACGAAAACGACAGGUUGUUCGCCCUCUAAGAGAAGAAAAGAAAGGAGAAGAAUGCCUUAAAAAACAGCUACUUAGAAACGCAUGUACAAGAAAGUAGUAAUGCCUUUCUGCAUCUAUUCAAAUCACCCCUGGCAACAGUGUUUGCUUUAGUGGCAUAUUGAUUAAAUACUUGCCACCCACUGCGAGUCUCAGUUGGCAGGAAACCCUCGAGCCUUUAACAUGGAUAUGGAUUUGAACAACGACCUGGAGAAACGCAUUUCGGAUGCCUUUUGUGUGUUCGAUCAUCAUGGCGACAAGUUCAUCGAUGUCAGGGAAGUAGGAACUGUGCUCAGACUACUGGGCUGUGUUCCCACCGAGGAGGAGGUGAACGAAGUCAUAUCGGCCACGGAAUCGGAGGAGACCAGUGGCGAAGUGCAUCUGACCAAAUUCUUGCCACACGUCUCGCAACUGCUCAUGGAAAGAAAAAUGGAACCCGCUCCGCCGGAGAAAAUUCUGCAGGCCUUCAAGAUCUUGGAUCCGGAGAACAAGGGCUAUCUGACGAAGGAGAGCUUUGGCAAGCUGAUGAUGGAGGAGGGCGAGCCAUUCACCCAGGAGGAAAUGGAUGAGAUGUGGCCGGUGGCCAUAGAUCCAAUUAGCGGACACAUACCCUAUGAGUUCUACCUGAACCAGCUUAUGGUCUAUCUGUAAGGUAAACAGAGUGGUUCAAUAAAGUCUCCAAGUCAAGUCAGG